AUGAAGUUCGGCUUAUGCUCGAAGAAUAAGGAGAAUGAUGAAGCUACAUCUACUGAAAAGCUACCUUCAAUUGGCUUUUUUGAUAUUAUGAGAUUUUCGAAAUUAGUUGAUUGGCUUCUACUUCUAGUUGGAAUUACUUUUAGUUUAUUGAAUGGUUCAUUGCUACCUUUGAACUCACUUAUCUUUCAAGGAAUCACUAAUGUGUUAAUAGAAGGACAGGGAAACUAUGCCAAAGGAACUUUAGACACUUCAAAAUUCUCAUCAGAUGUGCUUCAUUACUGCUUAUUAUACUUUCUACUUGGCUUAACCAUAUUCAUAGUAUCAUAUAUAGCUAAUGCUUCGAUGUUCUCUUUGUGCGAACGAAAAGUUUAUUUGUUGCGACAGCUUUAUCUUAAAGCUGUUAUGAACCAAGAUAUGACAUGGUUUGAUAAACAACAGCACGGAGCACUCACCCAGAAAAUGACCAGUGGAACGGAAAAGAUCAAGGAUGGAUAUGGUGACAAGCUUGGUCUUAUUACAGGAGCUUUGUCGACGUUCGUAUGUGGCUUGACCGUUGGCUUCUCACUUAGUUGGCAAAUGACUCUUCUGAUGUUGAUCUGUGUACCAUUGCUCGCUGCUUCUAUGCUCAUAUCAGGAAAGUUGCUGGCAAAAGCGUCCCAGAAUGAGAUGUCAGCCUUCUCCGAAGCCGGGUCUCUAGCUACGGAAGUAAUUGGAGGAAUCCGUACAGUGAUGGCAUUCAAUGCUCAGCCAUACGAAGUGAAUAGAUAUGAGACUCAGUUACACAAAGCAAGGAAACUUGGAAUACGAAAAGCAUAUGUGAACUCCAUGUUUGCAGCUGUUCCAUUGGCAUUGAUGUUCGGAACAAUGGCCCUUGCUUUUUGGUAUGGAACUAAGUUGGUUGUCGAUGGAACUGUCUCACCCGGAACUAUUUUUGGAGUUUUCUGGGCUGUUAUGUUAGGAACAAUUCGUAUAAGCUCUGCUGCUCCACAAUUGGAGUCGCUAUUGUCUGCCAAAUUAUCGUUGCAAGAAAUUCUUGCCGUCAUUGAUCGGAAACCAGAAAUCAACAGCCAAUCAUCGAAUGGUUCAAAACCCGAUAAGCUUAACGGACAUAUUUGGGUUGAAAACUUGGAAUUCGCCUAUCCCAGUAGACCAUCAGUUCAAAUUUUGAAAGACGUUUCAUUUGAAGUACUGCCAGGCCAAUCUGUUGCUUUGGUUGGUGCAUCUGGAUGUGGCAAAUCCACAAUCUUAGGCAUUCUUCAAAGAUUCUAUGAACAGGAAAUAGGAAAGGUUCUGCUAGAUGAUAAGCCUAUAUCAGAAUACAAUAUUGAAUAUAUUCGAGAUAAAAUCGGUGUUGUUCAACAAGAUCCAGUCAUUUUCUAUGGAACAGUAGCUGAGAACAUACGUCUUGGCGAUCAAUCAAUAACAGAUGAAGAUCUGGACGAUGUUUGCAAACAAGCUAAUGCAUAUGAAUUUGUUCAUAAAUUAGCAGAAGGAUACAAUACUGUUAUUGGUGAAAGUGCAGUACAACUUUCUGGUGGUCAAAAACAGAGAAUAGCAAUCGCACGAGCUCUGGCGCGUAAACCGAAAAUCCUGUUGCUCGAUGAAGCUACAUCUGCUUUGGACACCGAAAGUGAACGCGUAGUUCAGAAUGCUUUAGACAAGGCGAGAGAAGGACGUACAACCAUCUGUGUAGCUCAUCGCUUAUCAACUGUACGUAACGCUGACCAAAUUUUUGUUUUUGAUAAGGGAAUCAUUGUUCAAAGAGGUAACCAUGACGAGCUUAUUGAAGAUGAACAGGGUAUAUAUGCUCAAAUGGUUCGCAUGCAAGAAGUUGAACAAGCAGAAGAUGACACUACGUUAGAUGACGUAGAUCCAUCCGAUAUCCACCGUGGAUACAAUAAGUCAAACGCAAUCGGUGAUGAUGAGAGGAUGUCCCGAAAAGAAAUGCAAAUACAAUCUCAGCGCUUAAGGAUCAGUAUGAUCAGCGCGAAAUCCCAGGAUACUGACUUCCAGAUCGAAGAUGCUAGAGAAGAGUUAUCCGGAGAGGGUGCUAUGGAGGCUUCCCUCUUCGACAUUUUCCGUUUCUCAAAGCCUGAAUUACCAAUUGCACUGUUAGGGUUCGUGAUGGCUAUUGUUAGAGGAUUAACUUGGCCUGUUUUCUCGAUUAUUUACGGAAAGCUGUUCAUUGUUUUAUCUGAUGUCAACGAGAAUACAACUGUGGCAGGCUUAGUAUGGGCUUUCGUCGGUUUAGCUCUUCUGGCAGGAGGAUCAACCUUCAUGUCCGGUUCUCUAUUUGGAGUUGCCGGACAAAGAAUGUCAACUAGACUCCGAAUGGCUGUUUACAAGAAUAUUUUGAGACAAGAUGCAGCCUAUUUCGAUGACGUCAAGCAUACCGUAGGAUCUUUAACUUCUCGAUUGGCUACAGAUGCCCCGAACGUUCAAGCUGCUAUUGAUCAGCGAUUGUCCGAAGUGUUACAAGGUUUAUCCAGUUUAACAGCCGGAAUUACAGUAGCUUUUUGUUAUGGAUGGAACAUGGCACCGAUUGGCCUAGCGACAGCUUUACUUUUAGUAGCCAUGCAGAGUGCUGUAACAGGCUAUCUGAAGAUGAGAGGUCAGAAGGAUCUGGAAUCUGCACUAGAAGCUAGUAGAGUUGUGACGGACACUGUUCUGAAUGUGAAAUGUAUUCAAUCGUUAAAUAAGCAGAAUUACAUCAUAGAAUGCUUCAAAAAAGCUUCCUCGGAGCCUCAUAAACGAGCUAUCACGAGAGGCUUAUGGCAAUCCCUUUCCAUAUCACUGGCCAAUAGCUUUUUCCUUUGGAACUUUGCGAUCGCAUAUGCUUUCGGCCUUUGGCUCAUUCGCAAUGGCUGGUCAACUCCUUUCAUAGUCUUUCAAGUUAUUGAAGCUUUGAAUAUGGCUUCGGUUUCUGUAAUGGCAGCAGCUUCCUACUUUCCAGAAUAUAUUCGAGCCCGAAUAUCAGCUGGAGUUCUGUUCGCCAUGAUUCGUCAAGAAUCUAAAAUUGAUAACAUGAGCCAUGUCGGAGACAUUCCAGAUAUCAAAGGACAUGUAUCUCUACGAAAUGUUUAUUUUUCCUAUCCAACACGACGUCGAGCAUUAGUCUUAAAUGGAAUGACUGUAUCAGUGAAGUUUGGGCAAACUUUAGCUUUGGUUGGACCAUCCGGAUGUGGAAAGAGCACUGUCAUUCAAAUGCUCGAAAGAUAUUAUGAUCCAUUAUGUGGAACUGUCGCUGUCGACAAUAAUGAUAUUCGAGAUCUAUCAAUCAGACAUUUACGAGACCACAUGGCACUUGUGGGACAAGAACCAGUGCUGUUCAACAUAUCUAUUAGAGAUAACAUUGCAUAUGGUCUGGAUGAUUGCACUCAGGAAGAAAUUGAAAAGGCAGCUCAGUUAGCUAACAUCCACCAAUUCAUUGUUUCGUUACCCGAGGGAUACGAUACCUUAGUUGGAAGUAGAGGAGGUAGAUUAUCUGGAGGACAGAAACAGAGAAUUUCAAUUGCAAGAGCUAUUGUUAGGAACCCUCGUAUUCUACUUUUAGAUGAAGCUACCUCAGCCCUUGAUAGUGAAAGUGAAAAGGUUGUACAAGAAGCCUUGGAUCGUGCUCGUCAAGGAAGAACUUGUAUUGUGAUUGCGCAUAGGCUAUCAACGAUACAGAAUGCUGACAUCAUUGCCGUUUGUCGUGAUGGUGUGGUUAUAGAACAAGGAACUCACAAGAGCUUGUUAUCCAGGAAAGGAUUGUACUACAAAUUGGUUCAUAAACAACAUUAG